AUACAAAACCUCAAAAAGAAUCGAAAUAAAUUUGUGUAAUGGUUUAAUAAAAUCUCUGUUUUUGUCGCUUCUUUCUUCACUUCCUUACGUUUGUGUGCAAUAUGAUAAAUUAAAAUAUGAAUGACGACGAUUUGCUUGUGUAAACGCCUGCUAAAUCUCUCAUUCAAUAAUAAACCAAUUUAAACAUGAUGCAUGUCCAUGUGUCCUAAACUAUUGUACGAAAGCGGAGAGAAAAACAAAGAGGCGAUGGUCGAGAAAGAGACAGAGGAUAGAAAUAAGACGUGAAAUGAAAUGGCAGAUUAAUGGAGAGAAGAGUGGAGAGUGGAAGUGACUCAAAUGCAAAUGGCGGUUGUUAUUGUUCGUGGUCGGAAAUUUUUACAGCACGAAUUUUUUUUACAAAUUUCAUCUAGAAUAUACAAUCUAAUUGUAAUAAAUUUAUGAAAUUAAUCAAAUUUAACUACUUUACGUGAAGUGUGUGUAGAAAUUGUUAUGGAAAGUGCAAAAAGAAACACGAAAAAUUUCAAUUGAAUUUCGGCCUUUUCGUAGAAGAAAGAAAAUUUUGUCGUCAAUCAUAUUUUUUUCUGGCCCCUCUUGCUUUUGCUACCAAUACAACAACACCAUCAACUAACCAACCAACCAGCAGCAGCAACAACAACAAGAGUGAAGAAAAAAAAGUAAAAAGUUGAUACUUCGUAUGGUUCGUUUUCUACGCCUGUGAAAUGUAUUUUUUGCUGCCCAAGAUUUCCAAAUAAGUUAUAAUUUUUUGUGGUAGCAGUAUUAAAAGCCAGAGGCCUACUCAAAAAUCUAUAGAAAAAAACGAAAAUAAAAACAAUAAUGUCAUGCUGUACUACUAGUGCAUGUUUGUUGGCCUGAAGAACCCCUCUACACAAAAUCGUAGACGAAUUACAUCAAAGCAUCAUCAUCAACCCAACGUCGUUCAAGUGAAGUGAAACAACGACAAUACCUAAAAAAAGCAAAAAGUGAACGAUUCGGAACACAUCUGAAUUGAAAACCAAAUAAAUGUGUAGAAAACUAAUGAUGAAAAUAAUUCAAAACUCAAAAGGAGGUCUAUCCAACAGAAUUCCGUGUGUGUGCGUAGUGUCGACGAAAUAGAUUUCUUUUUUCUCUCGAAUGAAGGAAGAACACCUAAAAUAUAAACUACAACAUUCGGCAUGCACCAACUCCUCCUCGGCACCACAUUAUUUGUGGCAAGUGCGGCAAAUCGUUAGUGGUAACGUGAUAUAUGAGUUGCCUAAUGAUCGUUUAUUGUUUUUAAUGUGUAUUGAAUAGAAAAAAUAAAGCAAAAGUGUAAAAAAGCAGCAGAGAAAAUAGCUUAAAAAUAACCUGCAAUAAUACAAUCCUCAUUCAGAGUUGCCAUAGAGUUGACUUUUUGCGCAAACAAACGAAACAACAGUGUACGACCGAUUAUAAUAACGUGUGUGAACAAAGUAAACACCAAAAAAAUAUAUAUCCCCAAUGUGUACAUUAAGAGUAAAUAGAGUAAUAACAAUAACAACAACUGCAUAUUUGUUUUGGUUAAAACCCUUAAUAUGUGUUUCCAAUGUCUCCAUGCGAAAAUGGAUGCAAAAUUGUGGUCAUAGAUUUAAAAUCUAGAACUUCAUUGGGGUCUCUGUGAGUAGAGGAAUCGAAAAGAAGUCGCCGUCGUCGUCGUCGUAUCUCCAUCCCCACUCAUUUUAGAAUCAUUCAAUCUUGUUGGCUUGCAAAGCAAAAAACAAGUAAUCUAUAUAUAUACAUAUAUGUGUAAGCAAAUGCAAUUGCCUAAUUCACAUCGAUCGAUGUGAAAGAAAAUCAUACAGCGUUUUUACUAAUUAUAUAAUUAGUAUUUGUACGCCCUGUGAAAAGCAAUUCAAAUUAAUUUAUAUAAAAUUAAGUAAGAAAACAACAACAAAUCACUAAACUAUUAAUCAUCAAAAGGAGUCGAAAAAAAAGAGAGAUCCCCGUUAAGCGUGAUAGGUGUCGUGUGAUGAUAUGCAACUUAAACAGCAGCUUGAACCGUACAUGCGGAUAACAGUGCAAAUCCCUAAGGAUGCGGCGCAGAGGUUACGCCAAUUGGCAACCGAGAGCAAUGCAACUUUACGGGCUCUCGGCAUUAGCUCCGUACAAUUAGAAGGAGAUUCUGUGAUAUCACUAAAUGUUGGUGGACAGCAAAUCGAUGUCAAAUCUACAGAUAUUUCAUCGAUUUUGGGUCAUGAGGCGUCAGGAACGUCUUUGGGCGGUGGUAGUAGUGGGGCCGUCAGUGACGGUGGUGAUAUUGGCGAUUUAUCACAAUUACUCAAUGUCGGUGGCGGAGAUAUUGCUGGUGGUGGUGGGGGUAUGGGUGCAAAUAGUGCGUUUGUACAAAUGCCACAAACACCACAACAGCAACUACAACAAUCAUCGCCAUCAUUACUGCAACAGCAACAACAGAGAUCAAAUGUUGUUGGAGCAGUUGGUGGUUUCAUGGGGCAAAACAUGGUGGGACCGCUGGAAACCAACAGUGCAAUGUCAGUACAACAGCAACAACAAAUUAUGCAACAGCGUAGAAAUAUAAUGCUCGGUGGACCCAGUACCAGCAGUGCCGCGAUUAAGCAACAACAAUCUGCAUACGGCCCGCAAGGCCAACAGCAACAGCAGCAGGGAGUUUUCAAAUCGCCAAAUACUGUUUGUCCCAUGGAGGGCAAAGUGCCGGUACCACCAUUACCAGGGAGCUUCGGCAAUAAUUCAAGGGAAUUUCCAUUUGAAAGUAUGCGUCAGGCUCGUGUUCUACAAGGUCGUGAUAAUGCCCUUAAUACUCCUGGAAGUCAAACUGUGCCAGUCCCUGGUGGCAUUCCUGCAGCUGUUGCUGGUUUUCAAGGAAACACAGCUGGCAUGCAACAGCCAAUGAUGAGCGGUGGCAAUUUGGGACCACCACCCAAUCACCUAAAGGUGAUAAAAAAUCCCCAAAGCGGAGAAAUUUUAACGACCACAAUUGGUUCUACGGCGGGCAAGGCACAAUUCUUGCAACCACCACCUCCGCCAUAUCCGGGUGUAGGCAAUGUUAAUUCCCCCAAUUCGCCAGUGGCAAAUGCCCAGAUGAUAAAACAGGCACCAAGCUAUUUGCAUUCGAGAGUUGUGGCUGCCUCGCCAACAGGAGCGCCUCCAAAUGCCAUGUUAUCGUCUGCAAGUGGUGGCAUUGCAAGCGGAGGAUGCAACAACAGCAAUAAUAUCGCCAUGUCAUCACCCCUUUUGGUAAAUUUGUUGCAGAACGAUAGCAGUUCCAUGUCAUCUCAAAAUGGAAAUCACAUGAAACAGUCACCCCUGACGUCACCGCAGCAACAACAAUCACAACAGCAAGCCUUAAUGCAUUCACAGCAGCAACAGUCACCAAUAAUGGCUACCAUGAACAGUCCACAACAGCAUAUCAUGAAUUCGCCCAUGAGAACUAGUACUCCGGGCAUGGACUUCAUGAUAACACAACAGCAGCAACAUCAACCUCAGGUACAGCAACAGAUGUUGGCCGCGCCAGGAACACCUGAUAAUAUUUUAAAUGUGCCUUCUUCACCCACUGCAUCAAAUGCCAUGCGCAUCCAGGGCCCAGCUCAGCAGCAGCAGCCGCAGCAAGUUAUGGUCAGUCCGAGCAGUAGUCUUUAUGUUCAGCAGCAGCAACAACGUUUCCAGCAACAGCAACAAAUGUCGCCACAGCAGGCGACAUUGCUGCGUCAACAGCAACUGCAAAGGCAGCAACAGCUACAGGCUGCUGCAAAUGCAGGCGGUGGUCUUCAGCAGGUGCAGCAGCAACGUUUUAUGCAACAGCAAUCACCGCAACAGCAACAACAACAACACAUGCAACAACAAUCUAUGGGUUCAAAUGCAAUGCUGGUAUCGCAACAGCAGCAGCAGCAACAGAUGAGGCAGGUGCGUGUGGGAAAUAUGUCGCAACAAACUCCAGCAUCUCCAUUGCAACAGCAACAUCAGCACCAGCAGCGUUUAAUGGGUAUGGCAGCGGGACAGCAACAACAAUACAUGUCCAUAAAUGCCGGUAAUAUGUCACCCGCAACAGCACAUUCUCCAGCCUCCAGUCAUCAUUCGUUGCAUAGUCCCCACAUGACGCCGCAUGCCCAUGCCCAACAACAGCAAAUGGCAUCCCCUUCAACCACACCCGCCCAGUCCCCUCUCAAUGCGUCACAAAUAUCACAACAGCUGCUGCCACCUCCGCCUUGUCCUUCGCCGGCGAUAACGCACAAUGUUAACGCUACUGCUGGCCAUCAACCUCCUCAUCCCCCGCCCGUUCCUGCAUCUUCACAACACACAGUACCUUCUUCACCGUCUGCCAAUAGCGGAGUCAAUGCGGUGCAACCGCCACCACCGCCCGAUUACAAUCAAGUAACGGCAUCGGCCAACUCCUCAGCAGCUUCCUCUUCCUCCGUCUCCAGAUGGCCUGCAGCAUUGAGUAAACCCAUGGACUCCAAGACAAAGAGCAGUUUUCAAGAAUUUGCCCGUUACCAAAUGCAAUACAAUUUGCAGCAGCAACAGACCAAACAACAAGUACAACAAAUUAUUUCCAACAUUGCGAAUUCAUUGCCCGGCGCUACACCAACACCCACAAAAACAAACGAAACAACAGUGGUGGUCGAUGGCAGUGCUGGCAAUAAUAAUGUAAAUCCUGUUGGUGGGGGAACGGGUCAAACAACGGCUACUAACAUUUCAGCGGCGUCAGCGGCGGUGGGCAGCAACGCCAUGGUGGACCCAAACAAUGUCGAUGACUUAGCGGAACAUCUAAUUUCGUUGACAGGCCUAGAUGCAUUGACAACCAAUGAUUUGGAUGCCCUGCUGCCUACCUUGAGCUGUGAUAUCGAUUCAUCGUUGAGUUUUGAUGAUAAAAACGAAUUGGAAUCUUUGCUGCAGGAUGCAAAAGAUUUGGAUUUGGAUCUAAUCGAAGGUAUGGAUAUUGAUGAAACGGCAGCUGCGGCAUCUUCGCUGUUGACGGCCGAUGAACAGAUACCGCCGAAUGUCACCUUGGCAAUGGAACAAAUGCAACAGUCGCAGCAACAGCAGAAUAUGACUCCGCAGCAAAUGUUGCAGCAGCAACCCCAGGGACAAGUAAUGAUGCAGCAACAGCAACAACGGUCAAUGGUGCAGCAACAGCAAUCGCAACAAAUUCUGCAGCAACGUCUCCAACAGCAGCACCCCAAUAUGCAACAGCAACAGCAUCCCCAUCUUCAUCAGCAACAAUCACAAUCCAUAAACCAAAAUCCAGUGCCUCAACAACAAUUUCUUAUGAAUUCAAGUCAGCAACUACAACAGCAGCAGCAGCAACAGCUUCAAAGACAAUUUGCAAUGCAACAACAACAACAACAGCAUCAGCAACAACAACAACAGCACUUGGGCAAUCUGAAUAAUGUGUCGACAUCCUCCUCCACAGCAUCGCUAUCGAACACCCCCAGUACCAGACCACACUCCCAACAGAAACAAUUCCUUAUAAAUCCCUUAACCGGAGAAUUGGAACCCAGCCCAAGUGAUGACAGUGAAACGGAGGCUGAACAAGAGACCAUUAACACUCCCCACCACCAUCAACAGACGCAUCAGCAGCAGUCUAAUCUCAAUACAUCGCUGAAUACAAGUUUCACUCCAAAUAACAGCGCCAACUCGGCCAGCAUUUACGACCUCUUGCCGAAUUCAGUUAAUUUCUCCGAAGACUCCAAUUCAAAUUCAUGCAGUACGGCUCUAUCAAAACUCUCGGCCUUGGAUCAGAACAAUAGUGGCACUCUCACCCCUCUGCCCAUGGGUGCUGGGUCGGACACGGAACGUUCUCGGGACUCAAUGAUAUCGAAUAAAUCUCAAAAGAACAAAAAACCGAAGAGUGGUGGAACAAUGGGCAGUAAACCAGUUGGUGGUGGCGGUGAUAUUAUGGGUUCGCCCAGGUCUGCAUCGUCUUCGCCCUCUGUGGGUGCAAUGAUGAUGGGUGGUAAUGCCAAUGUUGUUGUCACGCCCACAAGUGGUAACAAGAAGGCCAAAAACAACUUGUUGAGAGAGAAAUUACAACAAGGUGUUCGAGAAAAGAAGAGCAAAGAGGCCAAUGCCACACCAAAGGUGAAGAAAGAAAGAGCUAAGCCGGGAACAAAAUCGAAAGCAGCCCUGGCAGCGGCGGCGGCUCAACAAAUGGCAAAGAAUGCGAAUACUGGUUCGGGGACUGGUGGUGCAGCUUCGGGAAAUGUUAUGAUGGUGAACCCUUCAAUGAUGCAAACUCAAACGAGCAGUGCAGGCGGCAAUUCAAUGAUGAAUAGCAACCAAGCUGAUGGUUCGAACAGUUCUCAGUCAUCUGUGAGCACCACAAAUAUGGUGACAACGGAAAAGAUUAAAUUGCGUUUAAAAUUGGAAAAAUCGGAACCAGUCUCGCCUGCCUACAAAGUGGAUGUUUCAUUUGGUAAUGAUAGUGCCACGCAACAGCAGCAGCAUCACCAUCAUCAACAACAGCAACAGUCGCAAAUGAACGCUCAACUUUUGUCAAAUAGUGUUGUGCAACAACAGCAGCAGCAGCAGUUGCAACAACGUCUUCAUUCCCAUUUUCAGCAAAAUCUAAAUUUUAGCAGUCCACAACAGAACCAGCAACACCACAACAUGCAACAACAACAACAACAACAAAUGCCCACAAACCCGCCACCACAAUAUCCGAUGCAGCAACAAGGUGAUAAUAUGUUUCCCCAGCCCUCAUCAUCCAGUGUAAGCACAAGUAGUACAAACACCACUCCCAGCAGUACAGCAGCAACAACCCCAGCCACCACGCCAACGGAGGAACCCCGGGUGCCUCCUUUGCACAUCAGUUUACGGGGCGGAAAGAGCUCCAUUGUGAUUAAGAACUCACGUAAGGAACGGAAGAAGGUUCACAAUGCGAAUAACAACAACCACGAUCAGGAUGCCAAUGGUGGUGGUGGUGCUGGUGGCGGUGAUAAAAUAAAAGCACCAUCAUCACAGCUUAAGAGGCCACACAUCGUUUCCACUUCUCAAGACUCAAAUUCUCCUGCAUUAGACGAACAAAGUGGUGGCGCCAGUAGUGGGGGAGCCAGUGAAGCUAAACAGGCCAAAAUUGUACAACAUAUUAUGAAAACAACAACAACAACAACAACUCCACAAAUGAAUGGAGCCUCUCCUAGUUCCUCCUCAUCAACAAGCUCAUCAACCACCAACAACGUUACCAAUGAAACAAACAAAAUGCUUGGUCAGCAGCAGUCCACUGCUGCCUCCUUGCUGUCGGGUAAAAAUGGUCUAACCAUAAGUGCAAUGCAAAGUUUGGACAACAACAACAAGUCGCAGUCUUCAUCCAUGGCUCUGAUGGGGGACAAUCAGGGUCUGGGCUCGAGCAAUAUUGGCACCAUAAGUCACCUACCGCCACAGCAGUUGUUGCAACCCUCAACCCAACAACAACUGGCCAAAAUAACUUCGUUACCAAAUAGCAUUACUCUAAGUACGAUUUCCAAUCCAAAUGUCAGUAGUGGUGGUGGUGGGAGUGGCAGCAGUAGCAUUGGUAUAACAACCAGUGGUUUGAAACACAACCUCAAGACGUCUGCCAUCAUAACGCCAAUCCAAGGAAAACCUCUAACAAAAAACCAUAAACCACCGUCGUACAUUACGGCGGUACAACAAUUGCAGUUGCAAAAGCAACAACAACAACAGCAGUUGGCAGCCCUGGCCGAAAAACAGACUCAACAGCAAAUGAUAGCGGCCGCGGUAACGAUGCUGCCAAGUGCCACGACCUUGAAGCGAGUUGAAAUCACCAAAGUCGAGAGGAAGGAUGCAAGCGGAAAGGUAAUCGAACAUGUGCUGGUGAAAUCAAAUGAACCAGUUGCCGUGACAUCAUCAUCUGUUCCAUCGGUUCAGCUUGGUUCCUCCAAUGCCAGUUAUAGCACAUCCAAAUCUGCAACACUGCUGCAAGGUACUACGACCACAAUUAAAGCCACCCAAGUGGUAGCCGUUUCAUCAUCGUCAUCAGCUUCCCCUGCCACAACAAAUGCAACUCAAACACAGUCGGUUGCAUCUAGCAAAACCCCGGAUGUAACACCACAAAACACAUCAUCUGCUGUUGGAUUGUCUACGGUUGGAGGCAGCGAACAGAGUCCCAGUCAACAGAGUUCCAUAAAUGCUGGGACAACAUCAACUGCCAGCAGCAGUAGUAUGAGUUGUGCUUCGACAUCGUCGUCCUCGGCAUCUCUUGCUACAACUUUACGAAAUUCGCCAGCAAGUACCGGAGGAGGUACGCCAGCUCAUGCCAAUAGCACAGGGGGCGAGGAUAGUGGGAUAGAGUCAAUGGAUGCCUUAUCAGAGAAAUCACCCCAUCAACUCACCUCCAGUAGUCCACAAUCCCUACAACCUCAGAUGCCUCAGAUGGAGAAGCUGCCAACACAAAUUCUAGCAAAAUCCAAUUCAACUUCAUCUUCGUCAGUAUCGGGAAGCGGCAUAGCAAAGCCAAAUGAAGACAUAAGCAUUGCCGAUGAUGAAAUCGAAAAGGCUUUGGCCAAGAUGGAAGGUUUCACUGAGGAUGAUCAUUUGCUAACAACGAACGAAGCAAAUGCAACGGAAGAGACGUCUAAUGAUGACAAACUAGGAUUAGAGACACCAAAAGUGAAUGGCGAUCACUCACUAAUUUUUGGAGAGGAGGAUGAUGGUGGUAAUGCCAUUAGAAGAGAUGGUUAUCAACACCACCAUCAUCAUCAUAACCAUCAUGGAGAUGAUGAUGAUGAUGACGAGGAGCUUAUAAAGAAUUUAACAGCCAGCAUAAUGGAGGAAGAAAAACUAAAAAACGAACUCAAAGAACAGGAAAAGAAAGAAAACGAACAACGCAAAGAAGAGGAGGCAAAAUUUAAGGAGUCGCCAACAAUUGCUAAACAUCAAACACCAGUGCAAAGUCAAAUUGUUGUAGAACCAUCCAAAGGCAAUGAACAAGAAAAACUUGAUGGUGGUGCUGGUAGUGGCGAAGCCAAAACUGAAGUUAAUUACAACAACAACUAUGACAAACACAUGGCAUCUGAGACAGAGAAGAACAAGGAAAAGGAUACAAAUACCACAUCCUCCACUAAAUCGGAGGGGGCCAGCAGUAAUAAAAAGGAAAGUCCCUCCUCUCAAACAAAAUCAAAUUCUUCAGAAACUGCUCAAACCACCGCCGCUACCAAAGAAGAUACCUUGAAAACAUCGGAGCUAUCCAUAAGUCUAACACCGAUAUCAAUUGAAAUUCCCUUGCACUCGACAGAUAUUGACUCGCCACGUAUUCGAACAAGAGCUAGUAGUCGUUUGGGUAGUCCCAUGGAUACAGCCAAGUCCAGCCCUUCUCUUGCCGAUGGCCCAGCCACUAAUGCCACACCAAAUACUGCGGCGAAGAAUAAACAUGUUAUGGCUGCAAAGUCGUCAGUGCAUGAGCGCGUUAGUGUUAGUCCUAGGAAUGCCGCCUCAUCGAACAACAACAACACCAAUUCGCCCUCGGCGGGUGCUACAUCCAAUCAUCAUUCGCAGUCGCAUCAAUCUAACAACAAUAAACGCAAACGUUUGGAAUCGGAUAGUAGCACUGCUAGUGCAAACGAAAGUGAUGCCAAACGGGCUCGCAGUGGUAGCAACACUGGCAGCAGUGCUGUCAGUUCUUCCUCAGCAUCAACACCAGUUAGUGGGGCAAGUGCAAGCGAAAGUAGCAAAAAAUCAUCGGAUAGCCUUGAUAAGAACAAUACUGCCAACAACAGCACAGGUGCUGCCACGACAGCAAAAAAGUUAGAAGAGUCUUCCGAUUCGGAUGAACCUUUAAUUGAAAUUGCUGGAAAAGUAAGAAAUUCGAAAGCAGCAGCUGCGGGCAGCAUUGAAUCAUCAUCUACAACGUCUUUAUCCCUGUCCACCUCCUCCACAUUGACGGCAUCGUCAUCUAAUAAUCAACAAAAUGCUGUCUCUGCGAACCAUGGCAACGUCACCGGAAGUCCAACAACCGUGAUGGAGACCAACACAGAAAAGACGACAAGAAAUAGUCGUUCGCAUCAGCAUCAUCCACAUAAUAAGUCUUCUAACAAUGUCCUGAACAACUCGACUGUUGUUAACAGCAACAACAAUAAUAAUAAUAACAACAAUGAGUCCAGUGGUAUUAGUUCUACAAAAACCCAAAAACACCAUUCAGGGAAUAACAACAAUCAUUCAGCGCCAUCUACAACUGGCAGCAAUAGUGCGGCAGCAGCAGCAACUGCAACUACACCAAAUACAACAAACUCAACACAUGCAACACGAGGAACUACACAAGGGGCAGCAAAUGCCAGCAGCAGUAGCACCACUACCACAACGCCAAAUAAUACCACAACAACAACAACAACAAAUAAUAAUAUACACCACAAUCCAAAUACGGUGGCAGCCACCGCACAGGCAACAACGACGCCAAGUGGCAAUAGUCCAAGUGAUAAUGAGAAAAUCGGUACACGCCGUAGUGUCAGAGCAUCAGCUGCUGCCAAUAAAAUGAUUUAUACCCGGGGAAGCAGUGCAAAUUCCACAGGAGGUGCCGCAUCUGCCAAUACGGCGUCAGCAAGCCAUGGAACCAGUGAAAUUCAUGCAAAAACAACGGGUCAUUCUAAAGCAUCUGCUGCCGGUGUUGGAGGCAGUGUUACGAGUUCCGAAAGUGCUGCUGAAGCACGACGAAAAACACGUAGUGCUGUUAUUGGAGAAUCUUUGUUGACCGAAGGACGCCGAAGAAGAGGGUCCAGAGACUACAAGUGACCAUUGUCUUGCGCCUCGGCUAUAGGAACUGAGGAUAACUACGAUUUUUAUGUAUUCCAAGAUGAUGAAGAUGAUGAUA